AUGGCCCCAGGAAAGGUCCUACUCUGCUCUCUGCUGCUCCUGUUGCCGGAGCAGGGCCUCAGCAGGGGCUCUCGCGCUUGGGGGGCUCCGGUGGUGGAGGAAGAGCCACAAGGGACCCUGAGGCCACAGCUGGGUGCCCGCCUGCGCCGAGCUCUGGCCGGUCCCUGCCAGCUGUGGAGCCUGCCCCUACCUGUGGCCGAGCUGGGACUGGGCUACGCUUCCGAGGAGACGGUCAUCUUCCGCUACUGCGCAGGCAGCUGCCCCCGCGGCGCCCGCACCCAGCACGGCCUGACGCUGGCCCGGCUGCGGGGCCAGGGCAGAGCCCAUGGCGGGCCCUGUUGCCGGCCCACUCGCUACGCCGACGUGGCCUUCCUCGAUGACCGCCACCGCUGGCAGCGGGUGCCCCAGCUCUCGGCAGCUGCCUGCAGCUGUGGCAGCUAA